AUGAAGCAAUCUCUUUUCACCACCUUUGUCGCUCUUGCCGCUUCCUCUGCUGGUGUCCGUGCCAGCGAAAGCUUGAUCAAUGUCCCAAUUGGACUGUGUGCCGCUAUUCUGGGCGAUGCCGAGUGCAACCAGAAGACCUCCUCCAGUGGCUUGAUCAACGUCCCCGUUAAUGCCUGUUUGGCUGCCCUCGGCCAGGCCAAGUGCGACCAGGCCUCUUCCUCCAGCAGCGACAGCGGCUCCCUGAUCAAUGUUCCCAUCAACGUUUGCCUGGCUGUUCUCGGUGAAGUCCAGUGCAACCAGAACUCUCAAUCAUCCGACGGCCUGAUCAACAUCCCCAUCAACUUGUGUCUCGCUGUUCUGGGUGAGGCUGAUUGCCAGGAUGCCGGUGCCUCUGCCGCAUCUGCUACUCCCUCCGGCCCCGCCGGUGUCGCACCUGUUUGGACUGCUGGCGGAUCUCCCGCCCCGGUCACUGCUACCCCCGCCCCUGCUCCAGCUCCUGCAGGCUCUUCUCCUUCUGCUCCUGCUGCUCCAGCUGGCUCUCCUGCUCCCAGCUCCGGCCCUGCUCCUCCUUCUGGUGUUUCCCCUGUCGAUGUUUCUCCCGCCGGUGAUUCUUGCCCCCCUGCUGUGACUGUCACUGUUACUCGCGGUCCAAAUGGCAACAUCAGCCCCGUUGGCCCUACCUCUAUUCGCCGUGUCGCUCCUGCUCCUUCAGCUAGUCCCGCCAGCGGCUUCACUGGCUCUGGCUCUGGCUCUGGCUCUGGCUCCGGCUCCGGCUCCGGCUCCGGCUCCGGCUCCGGCUCCGGCUCCAGCUCCAUGAGCUCGGCCUCUCCAUCCUCCACCCCUGUGUACAACGCUGCUGGUCGUGCCACAUUCUCCGGUCUCGCUGUCGCGCUUGGAGCUGUCUGUGUUGCUGCUUUCCAGCUGUAA